AUGGGAAUUCAGCCAGUACAACUUACUCCUCAACCUGCCGCGUGGGAAAUAGCUAUAGAGAAAUUGGCUCAGACAACAACAUCUCUCAAAAAUCAAGAAGCAUAUAUUAAGAAUCUGGAAAUUCAUAUUGGUAAGCUUGCCAAGCAGAUGGUUGAGAGGCCUCCAGGUACCUUUUCUAGUGAUACUAUCAUUAAUCCCAAAGAACAAUGUAAUGUCAUCACUACAAAGAGUGGGAUAGUAAUUCAACCUGUGGAAAAGCCUAUAGUUGCACCAAGCAGUAAAAAUGAUUCAGAAAAAGAAAAGUCUGCUGAAGAAAAAGCUGAUAACCCUAUUGAUGAAAAGUUGCAAAUAAAUAUUUUGAUCAUUGAAGCCUUAGAGAAUAUGCCUAGUUAUGCAAAGUUCAUGAAGAUCUUGUUGUCAAGGAAGCACAAACUUAAAGAAGAAAUGGAGACAGUAGCUUUGACGGCGAAAUGUAGUGCAAUUAUCCAAAAAAAAGUACCCCCGAAGCCCAAGGAUCCUGGUAGUUUCAGCAUAGCUUGCACUAUUGGGAAUGUUCAUGUGGGUAGAGCACUUUGUGACCUUGGGGCUAGCAUCAAUUUGAUGCCACUUUCCUUCGCUAAGUCCCUAGGAAUUACUGAAUUAAAGCCUACACUACUCUCUUUACAACUUACAGACAGAUCUAUCAAGAAACCAGAAGGAGUGGUUGAAGACGUACUGGUGAAGGUUAAUGAUUACAUCUUCCCUGUAGACUUUGUGGUAUUAGAUAUGAAAGAAGAUUCUAAAGUACCUCUCAUUUUGGGAAGACCUUUCUUAGCUACAACUCGAGUUUUGAUUGAUGUUGAGCAAGGAAAGUUAGUAUUUAGGGUAAAUGGUGAGCAAUUUACUGUCAAUAUGUUUGAAGCCAUGAAAUACCCAAAAGAAAAAGGUAACUGCUUUCAAAUCGAUGUGAUCGAUGAAGCUAUAGCAGCAUUUGCAGAUGAGAUUAACUCUGCACCUUCAAUAGAGGGAUCAUUUGCAAGGAUUCUGCAAUCUUCUAAUCUAUUAAAUGAGGUUCUAUUGGAAGAAGUAGUAAAAGACAUUGAUGUUAUCUCUGACGAUUAUGAGUUUUAG